AUGAUAAAUAAAUCUUUAAUAUAUUUAUUACUGUUACUAUUAUCCUCAGUAUACUUUCCUCAUGUUUCAACGGUUACCCUUGGAAAAAAUACAGAUAUUAACAGAAAUACUACAAGUAAAGAUACGAAGAAAAUUGACGUUUCUAUGGGUACACAACACAAAUCCUCUAGAAAUGAUCAAACAGAUGAUGAACGAGAAUUUGAAUUUACUUUGGAUACUCAAGGUUUUCAAAACAAGUAUGCAGAAAAAGGCAAAGGGAAUAUAACGGUUGACGGAAAGGUUAAGAAAAACGGCAGAGGAGAGUAUGAUAGUUUAUCAGUGAAAUCAUCUAAUUUUCGAUUAAAAGGUUCAUAUGAUAAGUAUGGAAGACGUCAAAUUAAAAAAUCGAAAUUUAAAAACCGUGGUAAAAAGAAGGCCUAUUCAAAACGAUUUCUUAAUAACUAUUUUGAUGUUUAUGGAAAUAUCUUUGAAGAACGAAGACAUUUGGGUACUGGUACUGGUGAAAGUAACAGUAGGCAUAUUAAUGCAAAUGUACGAAGUGAAGAAGAAAUGAACCAUCAAGUGAAGAAUGCACAGAAAGCGUCUAGCAGUAAACGCAAAGAAAGACAAAUGGAGGAGAAGAAAUCUGGACAACUUGGUAGCAGUGUAGAUUUUACAUGGUCUUAAAAUUCUUUGCGAAGAGAUUAUAAACGUAUAUAAAUUAUAAGAAGAAAUAAAGAGACAUAAAAUAACACAACCUGGUGUAAUUAAUAUACAAUUAAAUGUAUUUGGAAUCAUACACAGGUGUGUUACAAAAUUUGCUUUCACAGUUGUG